GCGUGGCUGUGCAGCGAAUGUGGCAGUGGCAUCAUGUCAUCAUGUCAUGUCAUGUCACACUGACGAAUCAAGAGCCACUUGCACGUCACAUUGUCACAUCAUCACCUUGUACACUACUGCCUGUGUUCUCCAUUUCUCUCACACCAAGAUUUUGAACCAACACCGCCACGUGCAUGUGUUAUGCUGCUGAUGUGAGCAGAGAGAGCAACAACAGCAUCACUGACUGACACACGGACACCAACACGAGUAAGAACGACAUGGGCGAUCACACGGCAGAGCUGGAGACGAAGCGCGCCAAGGUCACUCGGCCAGACGCCGCACUGUCGUCCUCAUCGCCGCCGCCAUCAUCAUCUUGGAGUCCAUCAUCCUGGAGAACAAAGCACAUUGCACACCAGCCCCGAUAUGAGGACGUCAAACACCUGUCCCAAGUCACAGACCAGCUCAAAUCCUUGCCACCCAUUGUUCAGCCAGAGGAAGUGGACGAUCUCAAGAGGUACCUGGGGGAAGUGGCGGCUGGGAAGCGGUUCAUUCUUCAGGGCGGGGACUGCGCCGAGCGGUUUGUGGACUGCCGGCAGGACCGCAUCGAGGCCAAGGUCAAGAUCAUGCUGCAGAUGAGCCUGGUGUUGGUGUGGGGCGCGCGCGUGCCGCUGGUGCGCAUUGGGCGCAUGGCCGGCCAGUUUAUGAAGCCGCGAUCCUCCGACACGGAGGUGGUGGAUGGCAAGACGGUGGAGACGUACAAGGGCGACAGCAUCAACGCGUUUGAUCCGGCCGAUCGCAAGCCGGACCCGGAGCGGCUGCUCAAGGCAUACUUCUUCGCCAGCACCACCAUGAACUACGUGCGCGGGCUCAUGUCGUGCGGGUUCGCCGACCUGCACCACCCGUCGGCCUGGGACCUGUCCUUUGUGCGCAACACAGACAAGCAGCGCAACUACCGCGAAAUGACGGAGCGCAUCUGCCACGCCCUCGACUUUAUGCAAGCGUGCGGAUUCAGGGACGACCCCAGCAUGCGCCAGGCACAGCUCUUCUCGUCCCACGAGGGCCUGCUGCUGCCGUUUGAGGAAGCCAUGACAACCACGGUGGCGAGCGAGCAAGGCGGGCCCUCGCGCCACUACAACCUCGGCGCGCACUUCCUGUGGAUCGGCGACCGCACGCGCCAGCUCGACGGUGCGCACGUGGAGUACUUCCGCGGCAUCACCAACCCCAUUGGCAUCAAGGUUGGCCCGACAACGGACCCGAGCGAGCUGGUGCAGCUCAUCCAGCGGCUCAGCCCCAGCAACGAGCCCGGGCGCAUCACGCUCAUCACCAGGUUUGGCGUGGACAAGGUGAAGGCGCUUCUGCCGCCCGUGAUCCGCGCGGUGCAGGGCGCAGGCCUGACGGUGGUGUGGGAGUGUGACCCCAUGCACGGGAACACGCGCAAGGUGGAGGGCUCUGGCAUCAAGACGCGGUCGUUUGAGGACGUCCUCAACGAGCUCCUGCACACCUUUGACGUGCACGCAGAGCAAGGCACGUGGCUCGGCGGCGUGCACUUUGAGAUGACGGGGGAUGACGUGACGGAAUGCACGGGCGGCUCCGUUGGCGUCAGUGACGACGACCUCUCCACGCGUUACGAGUCCUUUUGUGAUCCCCGCCUCAACUACACGCAGAGCCUGGAGAUGGCCUUUCUCAUCGCCAAACGCCUCUCCCGCCUCCAACAGCCAAGCAAGCGCUGAGUGUGUGUGAGUGUGUGUGUGUGUGUGCCUUGUUGUGUGAGAGUGAGAGAGAGUGUGUGUGUGCGUCUGCCUUGUUGUGUGUGUGUGCUUGCCUAAGUGUGUGUGUGUGUGUGACUGUGUGAGUGUGCGUGCGUGUGUGAUAUGCGUGUUACCUGCUUGUCUCUUCGCCUGCCUGUUUUUUCUUUGCUCGCUCGGUUAUUUGGCUUGGUUGCCUGCUUGCCCGUGCCCCAUGCCUGUUACUUGAUUCGUUUGCUUGCAUGUGACUCCCAUCUCCAACGCUUGUUUUGUUUCACGUUCCCACGUCCUUGGUUUGCGAGUUUGCCGUUUGCAUCUCGCUUGCUUGCUUGCUUGCAUGGCUCGCGUUAGUUAUCCCCAACACCACCACUACUCCAUGUUACAUUCAGAUACAGGAAUAAGCAAACCAUUAUCCUGUCCGCAGCCAGGGACACAGUAUCAAUGCUCAUGCUCACGCAUUUGUAAAACAAACCCACGACCACAUCAUGUCUCACACCACCCAUGCCAC